GGGGGGGCCGGGCCCGGCGGCGGGCGGCGCGGAGCCCGCAGGGCGGCCACCAACAUCCUGGCGCAGCUCCGGCACGGGCAGCUCAGCGGCCGGGGCCUCACGCGGGGGGCGCAGAUCACAGAGGCCUUGUUAAAGGAAAGAGAUAAACAAGCAAAAUGGAAUGGGAUUCCCUUACUAUUGCAAAAGUUGUAUGAGCAAAGUCACCCAAACAGCGAUUUCUCCCAGUGCCAAAGCAUCCUUAAGGAAAUUUCUCCACUUCUUUCAAUGGAAGCCAUGGCAUUUGUCACAGAAGAUAGAAAAGCUGCUCAAGAAUCCACUUUCCCAAACACGUACACAUUUGACUUAUUUGGAGGAGUUGAUCUUUUAGUAGAAAUUCUCAUGAGACCAACUCUUAUUACACAGAAAAAGAAACAGAAAAUAAGCGAUGACCUCAUCAAAGACUGUUUGAGCAUACUGUACAACACGUGCAUAUGUACGGAAGGAGUCACAAGACGAUUGGCAGAAAGAAAUGACUUUGUGUUGUUCCUGUUUACGCUGAUGACAAACAAAAAGACAUUCCUACAAACUGCAACUCUCAUCGAAGAUAUCCUAGGAGUUAAAAAGGAGAUGAUACAACUGGAUGAUAUUCCCAAUCUUUCAAGCCUUGUGUCCAGUUUUGAUCAGCAGCAACUUGCGAACUUCUGUAGGAUCCUUGCUGUCACAAUUUCUGAACUUGACACAGGAAGUGAUGACAAGCACACGCUUCUUGCCAAAAAUGCACAGCAGAAAAAAAACUUGGGUCCUUCUCGAGCUGAAAUUAAUCAAGCUACACUUUUAAAUAUUCCAGGCUUCAUUGAGCGAUUAUGCAAACUGGCAACACGAAAGGUGUCUGAAACUACAGGUACUUCCAGCUUUCUCCAGGAGUUAGAAGAAUGGUACACCUGGCUGGACAAUGCCCUUGUGCUUGAUGCGCUGAUGAGAGUGGCAAAUGAAGAGGCAGAGCAGAGCAGCACAGAGUCUUCAGAUGAAAGUGGAUUGGCCAACCCCUCAACACGAACACAGCUUCCCCAGUCCAUGAAGAUCAUGCAUGAGAUUAUGUAUAAGCUGGAAGUGUUGUAUGUUCUCUGUGUGUUACUCAUGGGGAGACAAAGAAAUCAGGUUCAUAAAAUGAUAGCAGAGUUCAAGCUGAUUCCUGGCCUCAAUAAUUUGUUUGAUAAACUGAUCUGGAGGAAACAUUCAGCAUCAGCCCUUGUUCUGCACGGACAUAAUCAAAAUUGUGACUGUAGCCCAGACAUCACUUUAAAAAUACAGUUCCUGAGGCUUCUUCAGAGCUUUAGUGAUCAUCAUGAGAACAAGUACUUGCUUUUAAACAGCCAAGAACUUAAUGAACUGAGUGCAAUCUCCCAUAAAGCCAACAUCCCUGAAGUUGAUGCAGUUGUUAACACAGACAGGAGUCUUGUGUGUGAUGGGAAGAGAGGUUUGUUAACCAGACUACUUCAGGUCAUGAAGAAGGAACCAGCUGAAUCCUCCUUCAGGUUUUGGCAAGCAAGGGCAGUUGAAAGUUUUCUGCGAGGCACAACCUCCUAUGCAGACCAGAUGUUCCUGCUAAAGAGAGGACUCCUGGAGCAUAUUCUCUACUGCAUUGUUGAUAGUGAGUGCAAAUCGCGGGAUGUGCUGCAGAGUUACUUUGACCUUCUAGGGGAACUGAUGAAAUUCAAUAUUGAUGCAUUCAAGAGGUUCAACAAAUAUAUCAACACAGAUGAGAAGUUCCAGACAUUUUUGAAUCAGAUCAACAGUUCAUUGGUUGACUCAAACAUGUUGGUUCGCUGCAUUACAUUGUCCCUGGACCGAUUUGAGAAUCAGUCUGAUGCUAAAGUUGCAGAAGUCUUGUCAGAGUGCCGCCUGCUAUCGUAUAUGUCCCAGAUGUCCAUGAGAAUGUCCUUUCUUUUCCGUCUCAUUAAUAUUAUUCAUGUACAGACACUUACACAGGAAAAUGUCAGUUGUUUGAACACAAGUUUAGUUAUCUUAAUGCUGGCCCGAAGGAAAGAAAAGCUACCUUUUUAUCUGCGCACUUUGCAACAGAUGGAAUAUACAGAAAAAUACCCAGGCUUCAUUCUGAACAACUUCCAUAGUCUCCUGCGAUUCUGGCAACAGCAUUACCUCAACAAGGACAAAGACAGCACCUGCCUAGAAAAUAGCUCAUGUAUUAGUUUUACCUACUGGAAAGAGACUGUAUCUAUACUGCUCAGUCCGGACCGGACAUCCCCCUGUGCCAUAGUUAGCUACAUUGACGAGGCAUAUAUGGACAUUGACAGAGACUUUUCUGAGGAGUGAUUCUUCACUCUGGCUUCUGAUGGACAGCGCUUGGAGGGUACCUCGCAGACCAUGGAUUUUCAGGGAUACGCUGUGUAGUGUGUGUGUGCGCGUGUGCGGCUUGGAACCACGGAGCGUUACUGCAUUGUUAAAACCCUGGCCCCCCUUCCCAGUCCCCAUCUCUGAUCUCUAACGGAGGAGACUUUGAAAGCUCUCUGGGCAACACAUUCAGGGAUAUAUCUUCCAUUUGUUCUGGGAUAAAAAUAAUCACCUGCAAAAAAAAAAAAAAAAAAAAAGCUUUUUUUGUUGUUUUUUUUUUUUCCCCAGUCGAAUAUGGCUGGAGUCCUUUUUGAUGACAGAUGACAGUAUUCUGUAUGUGCCAGUUUGGUUGUGGCUCCUUUUUCCUGGCUGCUAGAAUUAGCAAGUUAAAAAGCACAGAAUUUGCCCUCCAAAUGUGAGGUCCAAGGAGCCAAUCUGACUGGGACCCCAACACACCAGCCACUUGCAGAGCCACCGAGAGGACUCCCUUCAGGUUUAACUCCUCUGUUGGGGUUUAGAAUCAGGGAUUUAGGGUUGGUUAGAAUGAGUGUGUGUGCGUGUGCUUUUAAUUCCUGAGAGCCCUAGCUCCAGUCACCUCUUUACCAUCUACUUUUGGAUCAUUUGGUACUAAAUCUGUUCGGCCUUGGUCUGUUUGUGUGUUAGGAGGGAACCUUUGCUCCUGCUGUCUUUCCUGCAGAUCCUUCCUGUCUGAAGGUGUUUUUACAAUGCUGCGGAGAACAGAGACAUUUCAGCAGUGAUGGGAUUGCAACAGGGGUUGGCUUUUUCAUGGAGCACUAGCAUUAAAACGUACUAAUUUUUUAAAACUUGCGGCUUGUCCCUUCUUGGGUAACUAAUCUGUUUUUAAAAUUCUUUUCAGGACCAUUGCUCUUGAUGCUAACUGCUAUGCCUGGAAGUCUUGUAUCAGUCUCUGCUUUCAGUCCUUAAUAUCACCACACACACGUUAAUCUUAAAGUGCAAUAUUUAUUGGAGAUGUCAGUUUUUCCUGGAUUUGUUUUAAGCAGAAUGUGUUAAAUGCUGGGAAUAAACACUCCUAGUUGAAAGUAACUUUGGAGGAUAUAUUGGGGGAGGAAGAAGCAGGUUUUGGCAGAGCCCAAUUGCCAAACCUGAAUGUGCCCUGCCUACUCACCAGUGUUAAUUAUGUUGCUCCAAGACAGUCACAUUCCCAAGAAUGAAAUACAGCCUGAAGUCCUGAGCCACUGCAUUUAAGUCAAAUUGUAUGCAUUUUGCAGCUCCAGCUAAAAAAAAACAUUUUCCUUUCAGACAUGCAUCUGAAUUAUUUUUUUUCUUUUAAUUUAUUUGAUGAGGCAAUGUGACUACACAUAUCUCCAGGAUCUGGAGGCAGGGACUGGUGGUGAGAAUGUCCCUGAGCUGUAGCAUAUUGUCGCUAAUCUUUGCCAGCAGAGUGAAAGCCAUUCUGGACAUCUCUGUGCUGGGGCCUGGCUUCCAGCCCCUAGUGCAGGAUUUGCUCUCUACAAGUCACCCUUCUCCUCCAGCUUUUCUUAUACUUCCAUGUCCUGCUAUGGACUUACAGUCAGUACUUUGCUUGUUGCUUGCAGGGUGGUCAGAGAUGCUGAUCCAGAUCCAGAGUCUUGCAGACGAGCUGCCCUGGAGGGCUGAAUUCCCCUGGUAGCCUUUGGCCAGCUCCAGUGAUGUUUCUCCAGUCAUGUUCCUUGUGUCAGGGAAUUCUGCUCUGGCAGCUGCAACACUCUGUUCUUCAUUGGGUCACCUCCACCCUACCCCCCUUCCUGCCCCCCCCCCCAGCCGAUUUCUUUCUCAUCUGUACUUUUUUUUUUGUUCUUGGGUAUUCGUGUUUUUGGUGUAUCUUUGCUUCUUCUUAACUGUAAUAGAUGUACACGUAAAAUAAAUGCUUCAAAUUAAAAGGCUUUUAAGUUAAGGGAUGCCUUUUCCAUAGUCUAGUUAAUUGGUGCAUCCAAUGAUUGCUGCUAUAAACCUGCAGUCUCAUUUACAUCUCUGUAUUUAUGUAACUUACAGUUAGGGGCCAAGCUGCAUUUGUUCUUGGCUCUUGGCCUGUGUAUGGCUGAGCUGAAAUAAUCCCAGCCUGCCUUCCAGCUUGUGAAUCCCUCCUCUCCACAGUGGGAGCACAGUAAUUUAUAUGUCUUUGUAUGUUUUGGGUUCUUGUCUGCUAGAAGCAGCUUGGCUUUGCUUUCACCUUCAGGCUUACGCAGGAGGCUAAGUUGGCUGUCUUCAGAGAAGUGCACGGAAGGGAAACCCGUGGUGACUCCUCCUGGAGCGCGUGCUCUGGUCUCCAGCAGAAAGGUUCUGCUUGCAGCCACUGCGCAGGCAAGGGGAGGGCUGCUGGCAACUUUUGACUGUGAGCUUGUCUGGCCAUGCUAGCUGCCUCAAGAAGGUUUCUUGAGAGGGACCAGACAGCUCAGGCCUUCAUCCUCAUUUUGUCUUAUUUAUGGAGCACAGAGGGAAGAAGUGUCCUGUGCAGUGCCAGGGAGUGGCACCUCACUGACCUUGCCACUGACUUCAGUAGAGGCUUCAGCAGGUUGAGUGCUAGAAUAGGGGGUGGAGGUGGGACCCCCUGAGACUAACAAAUACUUCUGGAAGUCUGCACUAUCCCCACAGAUUGCUGAGGUUUGUGCUGCCUGGAUUAAUGCCAAUUUACUAACUGCAAAUAAACAUAUUAAAUGGAAACUUAUUAAAGAAAUCUAUUUUAAAGAA